GCCGUAAUGGCUAAGAAUGUCCGUCGCACCUGUGGUAGCGAUGGGCUCCUGUCUGAAAACCAAGGAGAAGGCGACGAUCUUAUUUCUGUGCCCUGUCUGUUCACAGGACUUCAACCCCACGCGGUGUUUGCCUUGUGAGAACUCAUGCCUCUGACAAGCUCUCCAUCUUCCACGAGAGCUGAAGUGCCUGCAAAUUGUACCAUUCCAGACGCCUCUCAAGGUCACAGGCGCCAAAGCAGCCUCUUUGCCUUCUGUACGCCUGGUAUUCAAAGAUGGCCGCCCCCACAGCUCCGAGGCGACGCCGGCGCGGGCAUUACGUCAUAAGGAAAAGCCGGAAGCCAGUAUACCGUUCUCAUAGAAACACAGCGCACCCUCGUCGGAGAUUGCUAGAGAAGGAGCUGGGCAAGGGGACCUUAAGUGGAAGAAGUUUAGAGAAGAAUCUCUGACACUGGAGGAUGUAGCUGUGGAGUUCACGUGGGAGGAGUGGCAGCUCCUGGACCCUGCUCAGAAGAAUCUUUACCGGGACGUGAUGUUGGAGAACUACAGCAACCUGGUGUCAGUGGGUUAUCAAGCCAGGAAGCCAGAUGCACUUUCCAGGUUGGAACGAGGAGAAGGACCAUGGACAAUGGAUGAAAUGUGUAGUCGAGUCUGUCCAGAAAACAACAAAGUUGAUGAUCAUUUGCAGGUUCACUUGAAAAAUCAAAGAAUACUGAAGACUAUGGAACAAUACCAUGAACACAAUGCAUUUAGAAAUAUUGUUCCUCAAACCAAAAGUCAUUUUUCUUUCAGGGAAAAUCAUGAUAUGUUUGAAUUAUAUAUAAAAACUUUGAAAUCAAAUUUAAUUUUAGUGGACCAGAACAAAAGCUAUGAAAUUAAAAAUUCUACUAAAUUUAAUGAAUAUGGGAAAUCAUUUCUUCAUGAUCAAUAUGAAGAACUUCAUUCUGCAAUUGAAUUCUCUGUAAGUCCAAAAUCCAAUUACACUAAAUCCCAAGUCAUUAAGCAUCAGAAAACUCAUGAAGUAGAGAAAACCCAUGUAUGCAGUGAAUGUGGAAAAGCCUUUGUCAAGAAGUCUCAGCUCAUUGAUCAUGAGAGAGUUCAUACAGGAGAAAAACCUUAUGGAUGCAGUAUGUGUACAAAAGUAUUCUCCAGAAAGUCCAGGCUUAAUGAACAUCAGAGAAUUCAUAAAAGAGAGAAAUCCUUUAUUUGCAAUGAAUGUGAAAAAGUCUUUACCAUGAAGAGCCGUCUGAUUGAACAUCAGCGAACUCAUACUGGAGAGAAACCAUAUGUAUGCAAUGAAUGUGGAAAAGGCUUCCCAGGUAAGCGUAAUCUCAUUGUACAUCAGCGAAACCAUACUGGAGAGAAAUCCUAUGUAUGUAGCGAAUGUGGAAAAGGUUUCACUGGGAAAAGUAUGCUUACCAUUCAUCAGCGAACUCAUACAGGAGAAAAGCCCUACAUCUGUAGUGAAUGUGGGAAAGGCUUCACCACGAAGCACUAUGUCAUCAUACAUCAACGAAAUCAUACAGGAGAGAAACCCUAUAUAUGCAUUGAAUGUGGGAAAGGCUUCACCAUGAAGAGCCGUAUGAUUGAACAUCGGCGAACUCAUACAGGAGAGAAACCGUAUGUAUGUAAUGAAUGUGGAAAAGGCUUUCCUAGCAAGAGUAAUCUCAUUGUACAUCAGAGAAAUCAUACAGUAGAGAAAUCAUAUCUAUGUAGUGAAUGUGGAAAAGGCUUCACUGUGAAGAGCAUGCUCAUUAGACAUCAGCGAACUCAUACUGGAGAGAAACCCUACAUAUGCAAUGAAUGUGGGAAAGGCUUCCCCUUGAAGAGUCGGCUGAUUGUACAUCAGCGAACUCAUACUGGAGAAAAACCUUACAGAUGUAGUGAAUGUGGGAAAGGUUUCAUCGUGAAUAGUGGGCUGGUGUUACAUCAGCGAACUCACACUGGAGAAAAACCCUAUAAAUGCAAUGAAUGUGGAAAAGGUUUUGCCUUUAAGAGCAAUCUUGUUGUACACCAGCGAACUCAUACUGGAGAGAAACCCUUUAUGUGCAAUGAAUGUGGAAAAGGCUUCACCAUGAAACGAUAUCUCAUUGUACAUCAGCAAAUUCAUACAAGAGAGAGAUCUUAUAUAUGUAAUGAAUGUGGAAGAGGCUUUUUCAUGGAAACUGAGCUCAUUUUACAUAAGCAAAUUCAUACUGGAGAAAAACCUUAUGCAUGCAAUGAAUGUGGUAAAGGCUUUACUGUGAAAAGCCGUCUAAUCAUUCAUCAGCGAACUCAUACAGGAGAAAAACCCUUUAUAUGCAGUGAAUGUCGAAAAGGCUUCUCCUCAAAGAGAAAUCUCAUUGCCCAUCAGCGAACUCAUAAUGGAAACAAACCAUAACAUGCAGUGAACAUGAUCAUGCCUUCAGGAAGAAAAUAUGUCUUGUACAACAUCGGAGAUUUCAUACAGGAUAGAUUUCUUUUAUGUGUAAUAAAUCCUAUUUCAAAAUCUAGUCUCAUUAUCCACUAGGGUAUCAAUGUUGGAAAGCCUUCAACAUGAAUUCAAGCUGCAAAUUCUUUGAUGCACACAAUGUAUAUCAAAUAACUCAGUCUAUGGAUUCAGUGAUUGGGGGUAACCUUUCUCUCAUUUGUUAGCCUUUAUUAUAAUUAUGACAGUGUACACAAGAGGGAUGUAUAAAAUGUAUUCUGUUGAGGUACAGAAUCCUUUGCAGAGAAUCUGAACUGAUUACAUAUAAGUGAACUUAUUAAUGGGGCAAACUAUGUUAGUACUGUGAACUCAUUAAACAUCAUUGUGCUAGCAUAGGUGAAGAUAGUAUAGUCUGUUGCUAGAUUUUUCACCCUUGGGAGAUUACAGAAUUUGCAUAAGAGUAAAUUUUAAUGAAUUCAGACAAUGUGCUAGUGCCUUCAGUGAUCAGUUACCUGAAAUUAUAUGUCAAAAUAUGUAGGUAAAAAACCUGAUACAAUGCAAAAAAGUCUUGAAACAUUUCUAAGUAAUUCUAUGUCUUGAAAAGUGUAUGCUGAAUUAUGUCUUAUAAAUGGAGAGCCUACGAAAGCCUUCCAUGGGAAGAAAGGCCUUAUUUCUCCAGGGAACUUAUAUACUAGUGGCAUAGUGCUCCUGGGAAAGCCUUUGUCCUAGAAAUAAAACCUUGAUGGUUGACAGAUAUUUCACAUUACAGAAAAAAUAUAAGAUGGCAAAAAAUAUGGUAGGAUUUCAGUGAAACAUUUUGUCUCAUCAUCUACCAUUACUUUAUAUAGAAAUAAAACUUAUGAACACACUAAAUGUAGAGUGACCUUAGCAACAUAUCAGAGAAUUCAGAAAGUAAAGAAAUAUUACCACAAAUCUAAACUCACCAUACACCUGAUGUCCAUUUCAGACAGGAUAUCUUGUGCCAUAUUCUCUCUCUCUCUUUUUUUUUCCUUUGUACACAACAUCCACAGUGUUUGUGUGCCAUAUUCUCAAUGAUUCCAUAAUUUUAAAGUGGGCUGUCUUCCUCACUGAUAAAAUUUUAAUGUUAUAUACAAUGCAGGAGUUUUAGAGUGCCUACCUUGUAUCAUUGCAUGAUUGGUUCUUGCAUAUCCUAGGCUCCUAAAUUUCUUUCAGUCUACUGAUAUAUUUAACAAGGAAUAUAUUAAAUUCAUAAAUGUAAUCUAGUAUAUGUGGAUAUGUUUAUCCAAGUCUAAGUUUAUAAGUUAGCAUUAAGAAGUUUACAAAAAUGCCUUAAAUAUGAUUUUUCUAAAAUUUGUUAUGAAAUAAUUUUAGAUUCACAAGAAAUUACAAGACACAAAAAAUUCCUGAGUAUCUUUCACUCACUUUCUUCAGUGUUAUCUUAUAUAACUAUACUACAUAAUCAAAACCAAUGAAAUGACAUUAGCACAAUACUGUUAAUAAAACUACACCUUAUUUGGACUUCACUAGUUUCUGCAUGCACUAAUUGGUGUGUGUUGUGUAUUUUUGUGUAGAGUUCUAACAUUUUAUACCAUGUAUAGAUUUGUGUAAAUCCCACCACAAUCAUGAUGUAGAACUGUUGUGACGACAGAAACAUCCCUUGCUGCCCCUUUAUAGUCACACCCUCCCACUACCUUACCCAUGGAAAUCACAGAUCCCAUCACUCUACUUCCGUCAUUUGAAGAAUGCUGUUUAAAUGGAAUCAUUAGGUAUGUAAUCUUUGAGACAGGCUUUUAUUCACUCAGCAAAUUGCUUUUAAUAUCCAUCCAGAUAUUUUGGUGUAUAAAUAGUUUUAUUUUUUGUUAUUGAGUAUUCUUUUGUAUGGAUGUACCAUGGUUUGUUUAUGUAUUCACUAUUG